UAAUACUAGAUCGAUUCUUCUUCUUGUCUCUCUUGCACAACCAACAUGGCGCCCGAAUCUAAGCGAAGUAAACCCAUAAUUAGGGAAGGCCUCAUUCUUGGAAUGGGAAAUCCACUAUUGGAUAUCUCUGCAACUGUGGACCAUGAUGUUCUCAAAAAAUAUGAACUUGAGGCAAACAAUGCUAUCCUUGCCGACGAGAAGCAUAAACCAAUAUACCAAGACUUGGUUGAUAAUUUCAAAGUAGAAUAUCUUCCUGGUGGAGCAACUCAAAAUAGUUUACGUGUGGCUCAGUGGCUUUUAGAUACCAAGAAAGCCACAUCUUACAUGGGAUGUAUUGGGCAAGAUGAAUUUGGAAAAACUCUGACCAAAAUUAUGGAGGAUGCAAAUGUUCAUGUGAACUACUUAAGUAAUCCUGAAGUACCCACUGGAACAUGUGCUGUGUGUAUCACUGGUAAAAACAGGUCACUUGUUGCUAAUCUGGCCGCAGCCAAUCAUUACACAAAGGAUCAUCUUGAUAUACCAGAAAACUGGGCUUUAGUAGAAAAAGCUGAUUUCUUUUAUAUUGCUGGUUUUUUCUUGACUGUUUCAGUUGAUUCAAUUGUAGCAGUUGGCAAGCAUGCGGCAGAAAAUAAUAAGAUGUUCAUGAUGAAUCUAUCAGCACCAUUUUUGUGCCAGUUUUUCAAAGAACAAAUGAUGAAAGCCAUGCCUUACAUUGAUAUUCUGUUUGGAAAUGAAACUGAAAUGAGGGUCUUUUCUAAAGAGCAUGACUUUGGAACAGAAGAUUUAAAAGAAAUAGGCAAGAAAAUUGCAGCUUUGCCGAAAGUGAAUGACAAAAGACAACGUAUAGUAGUAAUCACUCAUGGAAAAGAACCAACCAUAGUUGUCCAGAAUGGAGAGGUGAAGGAAUUUCCAGUUAUUCCUAUCCAAGAUGAUGACAUUAUCGAUACCAAUGGUGCUGGAGAUGCUUUCGUUGGAGGUUUCAUAAGUCAAUUGGUGCAAGAAACACAUCCUGAUGACUGUGUUCGUUGUGGACACUGGGCAGCCAACUAUAUCAUCAAGCAAUCUGGAGUAUGUCUUAACCAUAAGCCUGACUUUCAGUAACUUUUUGAUGGAUCAAUAGUAUCAUCUGGUAUCAAAUAAAAUCUCUACGAAAAACAUUAAA